GGACUCUCUGUCUUCUAUUCCUGUUCUCUUUAACUCUCUGAACACUGUUUGUGUUUGAAUUACCCCAAUUUACUCCUCUCCUUUUUUCAAGAACAAGCAGAAGCAGAGGCUGAGAAAAAAAACAUAAAGAGAAAGGAUAGUUGAUUAUUUCACGAACCAUGCAACCUAAAGAUGGAAAAUCGAUCACCCAGCCAGACAAGAGCAGGACUGUCACUAUGUCAAUCAUAUUUGUGGUGUUAUGUGGAUUUUCUUUCUAUAUGGGUGUAAUAUUUUGUUCUGAGAAGGAUAGAUUUGUCUCAUUUAGCAGCCAGAAAUCUCUUGAAUCCCCUAAAGAAUCAUCAGUAGGUUCUCUGCAAAUUAAAUCCAUCAGUUUUCCUGAAUGCAGCAUUGACUAUCAAGAUUACACUCCAUGCACAGAUCCGAGGAGAUGGAGGAAGUAUGGCUCCUAUCGACUUACUUUGUUGGAACGCCAUUGCCCUCCGAAUUUUGAGAGGAAAGAAUGCUUAGUUCCUCCCCCGGAUGGGUAUAAGCCUCCAAUUAGAUGGCCGAAGAGCAGAGAUGAAUGUUGGUACAGGAAUGUUCCAUAUGACUGGAUUAACAAGCAGAAGUCCAAUCAGCAUUGGUUGAAAAAGGAAGGGGAGAAAUUCCAUUUUCCGGGUGGGGGUACUAUGUUUCCCAAUGGUGUUGGUGAAUAUGUUGAUUUAAUGCAAGAGCUGAUCCCAGAGAUGAAAGAUGGGACUAUUCGAACUGCUAUUGACACUGGUUGUGGGGUUGCUAGCUGGGGUGGUGAGUUGUUGGAUCGUGGGAUUCUAACUCUCUCUCUUGCGCCUAGAGAUAACCACGAAGCUCAGGUUCAAUUUGCUCUGGAGCGUGGUAUACCUGCAAUUCUUGGCGUCAUUUCUACCCAGAGACUUCCAUUCCCAUCAAACUCCUUUGAUAUGGCUCAUUGCUCCAGAUGCCUUAUCCCAUGGACAGAAUUUGGUGGAGUUUAUCUCCUUGAAAUACACCGGAUUCUUCGUCCUGGUGGAUUUUGGGUCUUGUCUGGUCCACCAAUCAACUAUGAGCGCAGGUGGCGUGGAUGGAACACAACUAUCGCGGAGCAAAGAUCAAACUAUGAGAAGUUACAGGAAUUGCUGACUUCAUUAUGCUUUAAAAUGUACAAUAAAAAGGGUAACAUUGCUGUGUGGCAGAAGUCUCCAGAUAAUAGUUGCUAUAAUAAUCUUGCUAGAGAUACCUAUCCACCUAAAUGUGAUGACAGCCUUGAACCAGAUUCAGCAUGGUAUACUCCGCUUCGUGCUUGUAUUGUGGUUCCAGAUGCUAAGUUAAAGAAAUCAGGUUUGAAAUCCAUUCCUAUGUGGCCUGAGCGGCUGCAUGGUACACCUGAACGGAUUUCAAUGGUUCAUCGUGGGAGUGCUAGUGCUUUCAAGCAUGAUGAUGCUAUAUGGAAAAAGCAUGUUGAGCACUACAAGAAGUUAAUCCCUGAACUUGGGACUGACAAGAUACGAAAUGUGAUGGACAUGAAUACUGUGUAUGGAGGUUUUGCUGCGACCUUGAUUAAUGAUCCCAUAUGGGUCAUGAAUGUGGUCUCGUCUUAUGCUAUCAAUACACUCCCUGUGGUUUAUGAUCGAGGCCUUAUUGGAACCUACCAUGACUGGUGUGAAGCUUUUUCAACAUAUCCUCGAACAUAUGACCUGCUUCAUCUUAAUGGUCUCUUCACUGCAGAAAGCCACAGAUGUGAAAUGAAGUAUGUGUUGCUGGAAAUGGACCGAAUUCUACGACCUAAUGGGUAUGCAAUUAUUCGUGAGUCUAGUUAUUUUGUGGAUGCCAUUGUAACCAUUGCAAAGGGUAUGCGAUGGGAAUGUCGUAAAGAAGAUACUAAGCAAGGAGGUGAGAAGGAGAAGAUAUUAGUAUGCCUGAAAAAGCUAUGGUAUUCAUCCAACAAGAUUUCAAGAUGACAGACGCUGGAACCUAAACAGUGGUGGUGGUGGUUAGAGUAGUAAUACCGAGGAGUAGAAACAAAGGGAAGUGAAUUCAAAGCGUGGAGUUACUCCAAUCCUGUAUUUUAGUCAGCAAAGAAUGUACAAAUUUGUCAACAGAAAAAUCGG